GCGCAGAGCCCACCGCUCGGCUGCGUCAUGCUCGUAUGAUAAAUAAAUAAUUUAAAAAUGUCGAUUUUAAGAACUUGUAUAGUGAGCAUUCGGAAUGUGAGCAAGUGCCGUAUGUCAUGUGUUUUAGUUAACAAUGAUAGAUUGCGGCUCAGAAACAAAGGAACAAUCAGCUUGCAAGCAUUAGGAAUUGUGAAAGCAUUUCACACAACUAGGAUACUGGAUAAGGUGGUAGCUUUCAAAUUAUCGGACAUUGGAGAAGGCAUCCGAGAAGUUACUGUUAAAGAAUGGUUCGUCAAAGUAGGCGACAAAGUGCAGCAGUUCGACAACAUCUGCGAAGUGCAGAGUGACAAGGCAGCUGUCACCAUCACCAGCCGCUAUGAUGGUACCAUCACCAAGUUAUAUGCUGAUGUCGACCAGACGGCUUAUGUGGGACAACCGCUUAUUGACAUUGAAGUCGAUGAUGAUGGUACUGAAGAUUCUUCGCCGAGCCCGCCAGAAGAAGUUAAGAAGGAUGCUGCUGCUCCAGUAGCAAGUGACAGCCAAAGAAUAAGAGUUCUGACCACACCAGCUGUUAGGAGGAUAGCCGCGCAGUUCAAAGUAAACCUGAGCACAGUGAAAGCAACAGGCCGUCACGGCAGAGUGUUGAAAGAGGACGUUUUAGCGCAUCUGGGCAUCAGUGCUGAGAAAUCCAACGAGGUGCCUGACGCCAGCGCACUGGCUGUGCAAGCUGUCCAAAUAACUGCUGCCAAGGCCGUGCCAGCGGUUGAGGAUAGGACGGUGCCAAUCACUGGCUUCAUGAAAGCCAUGUUGAAAUCCAUGUCGGAAUCUAUGAAAAUUCCUCAUCUAGUCCUAAGCGAUGAGUACGACGUGACCAAGCUAUACGAAGCUAGACAGAGCAUCAAGUCCCUAGCCGAGGAGCAAGGCGUGAAGCUCUCCUACAUGCCCAUCAUACUGAAGGCAGCUUCGUUGAGCCUAACCGAGUACCCUGUGCUGAACAGCAGUCCUGACAGCGCCUGUGAGAAGCUGACGUAUAAAGCUAGUCAUAAUAUUGGACUGGGAAUGGACACACCGAAUGGCCUGGUAGUGCCUGUUAUAAAGGAUGUACAAAAUAAAAGUAUACUGGAAAUAGCAAGGGAACUAAACGUUCUGCAGGAGAAGGGGAUGAAAGGCCAACUCGGGCUGAAUGAUCUCAGCGGAGGAACUUUCACUCUGUCAAACGUCGGAGUCGUCGGCGGAACAUAUGCUAGUCCUAUAAUAUUCUCACCACAGGUGUCAAUAGGCGCACUAGGAAAAAUACAGACCCUGCCUCGCUUCGACGCCGAAGGCAACGUAGUGAAGGCCCACAUUCUCACAGUGAGCUGGGCGGCCGACCACCGAGUCGUAGAUGGCGCCACUGUGGCACGCUUCUCUAACCGUGUGAAGCAGUACCUAGAGAACCCUUACACGCUUCUCUUAGAUUUAUAACAAUUGUUUUAGUGUAUGAAGAAUAUUUUUUUAUAAAUAAAUGGUUUUUUACUACUGCUUUAA